CAGUAUUUCUGUGCAAUACUGGUACAAACGCCAGCAGGGGCAUCCAGGAAGCUACGCAUCCAUCCAAGCGGCCCCCACGGCCCCGCCCAACACUCACAUCGUAGCCGCGCGUCGUCCAUACCCGCCCAUACCAGAGUCACACUCUAACUUUGUGCCCAACUCAUGGGACAGCACUUUUUGUUCCACCGCGAUCUGGUGGCUGCCACAGCCGUGCAUCAUGCGGUAAAUGCGCGUCUCUCGAGCGACCAACAGGCAGAUCUAGUGCUUGUAGGUCCACAAUGGCUUCGUAUCUACCGUGUGGAGCCUUCUCCGAGCCCCGAGAGUGGCGUAGAAGCUUCAAAAGGACACGUGCUCCACCAAUUGGCCUCCUUCCCCUUAGCAGGCGUGGCUGAGAGCAUCCAGGUGCUCAAAUUCGAUCGCAGCUUACUCAGAAAGAAGCACCGCUUUUUAGGAGGCGAGGAAGUGCUUCUACUCACGUUCCCGCUGUUUAAAUGGGUCAUUGUGGGCUACGAUCGACGUCUACGGACUCUAGCGACACUGGCCAUGUUCUCCUUCGAAGAGGACGCUAUCGGGCCUGGAGCAACGUUAAAAGGAGAGAAGAAUGGACGAGAGCAGCUGCUGGGACUCGCUACGCAAGCCGCAGCCUGUGUAGACCCUCAGACUCGCUGUGGCGCCAUGCUCGUGUACUCGGAUCAGCUGGUUAUUGUGCCUUUCAGAAGCGAAUCUAUGGAGUUAUCGUUCUUUGAAGAAGACGACGAUGAGUUUGAGGACGGAGAGCAGGGAACAACCACCGCCGACUCGGAGGAUGAAGAAGAUGACGAAGAAGAGAAGAAACUUGAGGAAUUAGUGAAGGAGAGCAAGAACAGAGGAGUGACUAGUGACAUGAACAAUACGCUCAGUGCGCUACUGGACAAGAGUGUGAAAGUCGGAACGAAAAGGAAGAGAAACCACAUGAGCGGCCUCAUGCCGAACGAUAUAACCGGUCGAGAGUUCCUGUUGCGACUGCGAGAAGUGGAAAUUACAGGGAAAGUGAUCGAUCUGGCCUUCCUGGAUGGAUAUUUAGAGCCUACACUGAUGGUACUGCACGAGGAGAACGAGAAAAACUCGACGUGUGGACGGAUGGCUGUGGGAUUCGACACUUACUGCUUGACUGUCAUCUCCAUCAACAUGAACACGAGGCUGCACCCGAAGAUCUGGACGGUGAAGAACCUCCCGUCGGACUGUUUCCGUUUGAUCCCGUGUCGUGCACCACUGGGUGGUGUGGUGGUCUUGUCGGCUAACGCUUUUCUAUACUUUAACCAGACUCAGUUCCAUGGUUUGGCGACAAAUGUGUUCGCGAGCAAGACGGUCAACCAGUCAGUGUUUCCUCUCAGCGACGCAGUGUACGAGACUCCCGAUCACGAGACUGCACAGCUCAAUAUUGUGCUGUACGAUUGCCAGUACGAAUAUCUGCAAGAGAAGGAGCUGUUGCUGACGACGCCAGGUGGAGAAGUGUACGUGCUGUCGCUGCCCUAUGAAGACACGUCUAGUCGUGGUCUGUACGGGUUUGGAAGCGUGUCUUCAGGUCGAAAUGCGUCGCUGUCGCUGCGCAUGCUGCGGUCUAGUAUUCAGGCGAGUUGUUUGUGUAUCAACGACGAGAACAAGACGUUGUUUGUAGGCUCACGGUCAGGCGACUCUGUGUUGUUCGCUAUGGACAAGAAGAAGCUGGCAACUGCAGUGGAAGAAGAUAAAGACGAGGAAAUGCCGAUUAAGGAAGAAGUUGUUAAACAAGAAGCUCCUGAGAUCAAGUCGGAGCCUGCUGAAGAGGAAGAAGAGGACGAAGACGACUUGUUCUUGUACGGUGCUGCACCUACAAAGGAAGAACCAGCAGCGACGAGCUCCAUUGAGACUUACAACGCUGCUGACGGCUCGAGCGUGAAGAAAGAGGAGAAUGGGACUUCAGAGGAAGACACUGGCCCGUACGACUACGAACUCCGGCAGAUUGACGUGCUGCCAAGUAUCGGGCAGAUCACUUCGAUCGAGUUGGGCGUCGAGAACAACGCAGACUCGAAUGAAAAGCGCGAGGAGCUGGUGAUCAGCGGUGGAUAUGAGCGCAGCGGUUCCAUCUCCGUGCUACACAAUGGGUUACGUCCUAUCGUCGGUACCGAGGCAGAGCUGAGUGGCUGUCGGGCAAUGUGGACGGUGUCGUCUUCUCUACCAUCUGCGACCAAGAGUUUGGAUGGACGGAGCUAUAACGCUUACUUGAUCCUAAGUGUUGCUCAUCGAACGAUGGUGCUGCGGACUGGCGAAGGUAUGGAGCCUUUAGAAGACGACAGUGGCUUCUACACGUCCGGGCCUACUCUUGCAGCAGCGAAUUUGUUCAACAAGCAGCGGAUUGUUCAGAUAUUUAAGCAAGGUGCACGUGUGAUGAUGGAAGUGCCUGAAGAGGAGACAUCUAAUGGACAAGAGAAGCCAGAAAAGACAGAAGGUGAGGACGAGGAGGAGGACGAAGAUGACGGACCGAGAGUUAAGUUAGUGUGCACGCAGGAGAUCACACUGGAAGGUGACGUCGAGUGUGGAGGCAUGAACGUGGACACUUCCAGCGUCGGAAUCGUAUCGGUGGACGUGGCUGAUCCGUAUAUUCUUCUGCUAUUAACUGAUGGCUCGGUUCGUCUGCUUAUGGGAGAUGAAGAAGACAUGGAGUUGUCGGUGAUUGACCCGGAAAUCGACUACGCUGACGGCAUCACUGAUACGAAUGGAAGUGCGGAUACGUCCAAGCACGGCAGUAGUUCUGCGUGCCUCUUUUACGAUUGGGCUGGCAUGUUCCGUGAGAAUGCGUGGGCGCAGGACGAGCGUGAAGAGCGUCACGAGUCUGCUACACAGCGAGCAAAAAGUACAAACGAUGACGAUGAUAUGGACGCGUUGUACAGCAGCAAACCGAGUCCAAAGGUGGCCUCAACGAGCGCUGUCAAGAAGCCGAGCCAAGCUACACCGAGGAAUGCCGACGGAUCUGUAUCGAUUCCUCUGCUGAAGCAGAAGGACGCAAAGAUGAUGUGUGGCAUGUGCUUCGGCGAUGGCUCUCUGCAUGUGUUUUCCUUGCCUGACUUCAAGAAGCGAGGUGUGUUCCCUUACCUCACAUUUGCACCGCAGUCGUUGGUGAAUACACUGGAGCACUACCAGGUCAGCAAGACCAAGACAGUCAAGUUCUCCGCCCCCGUUCUUGGUCUCAAUGCGUCGUCAUCUUCAGCAAACGACGGUCGUAUCAAGAAGUCACACACGAUUAACUCGCCUGUUGCAGACAUCGUUAUUCACCGUAUGGGUCCGAGUGAAGGUCAGCACAAUGCUCAAUAUCUCUCUCGUAUGGUGAUGCUAGUGUUUCUAGCCAAUGGCGACCUACUCAUGUACUCUGCUACCCCCAAAUUUGAGAGUUUAAAGCCUCGAACCAACGGAGAAGUCGCACCAGUCUAUCAUUUCGUUCGGGUGGGGACAGAUCUCAUCACUCGACCAUUUUUGCCCCCGAAGGCGCGCACAAACGCACACAACGAAGCUGGCAAUAACCCGGAAGUCAACACCAGCGCAGUGCUGGCGAAACUCCGCGCUGGCUUCCGCUAUCCCAUGCUGACAUGCUUCCACAACGUCAACAACAUGAGCGGCGCGUUCUUCCGAGGAGCCCACCCGAUGUGGAUUCUUGGAGACCGUGGACAACCGUCUUUCGUCCCGAUGUGCGUCCCUGGCUCCGCUCCGCCAAAGACGAAUGGAACGUCCAAGAAUGCAGCGCCUAAAGUGAGUGUACCAGUUCUCAGUUUUACGCCGUUCCACCACUGGAACUGUCCGAAUGGCUUCAUCUACUUCCACUCUCGCGGUGCGUUACGAGUGUGUGAACUUCCUUCCAGUAAAACAUCGACAAUUCUGCCAUCGAGCGGUGGAUUUGUGCUUCAAAAAGCUGAAUUUGGCGCAACUUUACACCACAUGUUGUACCUAGGCAGCCAUGGCCCUGGAGGUGUGGCUGAAGCGCUUGAGGCACCCACGUAUGCUGUCGUUUGCAGUACCAAAAUGAAGCCGGCUGAUGCUGAACGAGCCACGGAAGUGGAUGAUGCAGAGGAGGAACAUGAGCCGGAAAACUUGGACGCGAAUGGAAAUCCUGUUGGGAGCAACGUCAUGGCACCGACCGCUGAAAUGUUCCCAGACUACGAGAUCGACCAGAUGGCGCACACGGAAGAAGACGUGUACGAGUUACGCUUGGUGCAGACAAACGAGUUCGGCGAAUGGACACGUCGUGGAGUGUUCCGUGUCCACUUUGAGCGCUACGAAGUCGUACUCAGUGUGAAGCUCAUGUAUCUGUACGACUCGUCUCUUAUGAAGGAGGAAGUGGCCUCUACUUCACCGGAAUGGAACAAAAAGAAGCGUCCUUACUUGGUCAUUGGCACGGGUUGGGUCGGACCUCACGGGGAAGACGAAAGUGGUCGUGGUCGGCUUUUACUGUACGAACUCGAUUACGCUCAAUAUGUCAACGAAGAGGGUGGUGCUACCAGUGGAAAACUCCCAAAAUUGCGACUAGUAUUCAUCAAGGAGCACAGACAAGGAGCCAUUUCGAUGGUCUCGCAGCUUGGACCGUACGUGUUGGCAGCCGUGGGCUCGAAGCUCAUCGUGUACGAGUUCAAGUCGGAGCAGUUGAUCGGUUGCGCUUUCUACGAUGCACAGAUGUACAUUGUGACGCUGAAUGUGGUCAAGGACUUUGUCAUGUAUGGAGAUGUCUACAAGAGUGUGCAUUUCUUGCGGUGGAGAGAGAUGCAGCGACAAUUGGUGCUGCUAGCCAAGGACUACGAACCUCUCGCUGUCUCUGCUACAGAGUUCAGUGUGUUCGAGAAGAAACUGGCGUUGCUAGCGGUGGAUAUGGACGAGAACUUACACGUGAUGCAGUUUGCUCCUCAAGAUAUUGAGUCGCGUGGUGGGCAGCGUCUCCUCCGAGUUAGUGAUUUCCAUUUGGGUGUGCAGGUCUCGAGUAUGUUCCGUAAGCGGGUGGAUGCUCCUGGAUCGGUUGUGUCUGCUACAAACGGACGCAAUGCAGCUCCGCUUUCUUACUACGUGAACGUCAUGGGGACGUCGGAGGGAGGCGUCGGCGCUCUGGUUCCUGUGGGUGAGCGAGUGUUCCGUCGUCUCUUUACGCUGCAGAACGUUAUGGUGAAUACGCUGCCUCAGAACUGUGCGCUGAACCCACGUGAGUUCCGCAUGCUCAAGACCAACGCACAGCGGCGAUGCGGCAGACCUGACGCGUGGAGCAAAAAGAAGUGGAAGAAGAGCUUCUUGGAUGCCUUCGUGCUCUUCCGGUUCCUGCAACUGGAUUAUGUAGCACAGAAGGAACUUGCACGUUGCAUCGGUACCACACCUGAGGUUGUCAUUCACAACCUGCUCGAAGUGCAGCAUGCCACUUCGACAUUCCUUUGAUUGCGAAUAAACCGUGAAAUUCAGUCUGACUUUGCCUUUACGAACAA